ACCCUGUAUCAGCCAGUACUUGCGGGGGACACUUCUGCUAAUAUUCAUGUCAAACUCUCCACUAAGGACUGAUUUUUAUAUUUCCGAUCAUUCAAAAUACAUUCUAUAGCUUCUGAACUAUCCAAUAGUAUCUACACUUUGUAACAAUGGCGGAAGAACCGAUGACCGUGGACAGUCCGGAAACAGCAGACUGGUCAGGACGAUGGACACACAUCAGAAAACUAUUGGAAAGAUCAGGACCUUUGGCUACUCCAGAAUUCGAGCCAAGUUCAGAGCUUCUUGGAAUCAUGUUGGAGCAUCUGAAAGUCUUGGUGAUUGGGGCUGGAGGUCUUGGUUGCGAGAUUCUAAAAGAUUUGGCCUUGAGUGGUUUCCGGAAUAUUGAUGUGGUCGACAUGGAUACCAUUGACCUAUCAAACUUAAAUAGGCAGUUUUUAUUCAGAACGAAGGAUGUUGGUAAAGCGAAGGCGACCGUAGCAGCUGAUUUCAUCAAUGACAGAGUUGCAGGCUGCAAAGUUACACCUCACUUUGAUAGAAUAGAAAGUUUUGAUGAAUCUUUCUAUAGACAAUUUCAUUUGAUUAUUUGCGGCCUAGAUUCCAUUGUAGCAAGAAGGUGGAUGAAUGGAAUGUUGCUAAGCAUGGUUGGCUACGAUGAUGAAGGAAACAUGGAUCCAGACACUAUUAAGCCUAUGAUAGACGGUGGUACGGAGGGGUUCAAAGGUAACGCAAGGGUCAUCAUGCCCGGGAUGACCCCUUGUAUCGAGUGCACCCUUGACCUUUACCCUCCUCAGGUGAAUUUUCCUAUGUGUACAAUAGCCCACACUCCAAGGCUACCAGAACAUUGCAUUGAGUAUGCAAAGGUUUUACUCUGGCCACAGGAAGAACCAUUCGGUGCUGGUGUAAUCAUUGACGGAGACGACCCUUCACACGUUCAGUGGAUCUUUGAGAAGGCACAGUUGAGAGCUGAUGAGUUUAAUAUCAACGGAGUUACUUACAGGCUUACACAAGGUGUUGUUAAGAGAAUAAUCCCAGCAGUAGCGUCAACCAAUGCAGUCAUCGCAGCGCAAUGCGUCACCGAAGCUUUCAAAAUCGCAACAAGUUGCUCCUUCCCUUUGAAGAAUUACAUGGUCUUCAAUGACACAGAUGGCUUAUACACAUACACAUAUGAGGCUGAAAGAAAGGAAGACUGUAUGGCUUGUAGUAGAAAAACUCAGACUCUAGAACUACAACAUGAUGCUACAUUACAAAUGCUAGUCGACCAUCUCACAGAAAGUGCCACAUUACAAAUGAAAGCACCUAGCAUCACGACGACCAUAGAUGGAAGGAAUAAAACCCUGUACAUGCAGAGUGUGGAGUCUAUCAGGAAAAGAACAAAGGAAAAUCUACCAAAGAAAUUAACAGAACUUGGACUGUCCAGUGGCAAUGAAUUAGCAGUUGCAGAUGCUACAACUCCUUCCUGUCUCAUCUUCAAACUCAAACUCACUGAAAAAUGAGAGGUUAUUGUAGCAGUCUGUAGAUUUUUCAUGAAUUGGCGGGCAAGCCAGGAUCCAAUGACCAGGGUAGUAAUACUCUGUAUAGCACUGUGAGGCAUUGUUGCAAUGUAAAGCGUGAUUUAUGAAGCGGAAUAAAUACUGUUAUUAUUUUGGUAUGUCUGAGAAUAUGUCCCAUUCUCGGUCUGAAAUGAAAAUUAUUUAACUUUUAUGAAGAUGUCACCUUGUAACCAUGGUAACUGUUUGUAUGACAUGUAGUUGAGUGGACGUAGAAAUGUUUGAGGAUUAUCUGUUUGUUUUAUGUGAAUGCUAAGAAAGCUUGAAUACUUGCAAUAAAGCAACCAGAAGACCAAUGGCUUGGAUCAUUUGUGAGGGUCGGGAUAAUGAGAAAUGAAGCUUUCUCAAAGAACAUUAGCACAUUUACUUCGGUUUGAACCAAGGUUGCUGGAAUAGAAGACCACCACUCGACCAAUAGAGCUUGAAGGAAAAUGGAUGUGUUCCAGGGUGCUAUUUAAUCUCUUCUAUGCAAAUGUAGUGAUGUAUGAUGGAUCAAGUAAUGGGCCCCAUCUUACAAAGAGUUGCGAUUGUUCUGAUCAAUCACAACUAUGGAUGGCCAGCAAUGUCAACAUCUAU